AUGGUACCGGCUUCUGCAGUCGAGAUCCUAUCAAAUCCCCUAACCACCUCCAAUCAGCUCGUCAGAUUCCGCGACUUUGAGGACGAUCACUCCCGUUCGAUUCGAUUUGCGCAAGGUCAACUCACCUCAGCUGCCGGCAUCCUCCUCCGCCUCUCACAAGAAGUCAUUGCGCAUGCCAUUGUCCUGCUUCAGCGAUUUCUACUCUCUAGUAGACCAGAAGAUCGCGACGGCUUCAGCCCCAAAACAUAUUCAGCGGCAUCCAUCUAUGUCGCGGCAAAGACGUCGGCGACACCGGUCUCCCCUCGAUCUGUAAUCAAUGUCUACGCAUACCUUAUAUCGAAAGCGUCCCCGCUCAAAUUUGUCAACCCGACCGGGGCAUCUACCAAUGCCGAACCCCUCGAAUACUUUGUGUCGGAAGGAACCUACGAAAGAGAAAGACAACGGCUCUUUGUGUGCGAGAGCAUGAUACUUGCCGGGAUUGGAUUCGACACUCGCGUGGCCUUGCCCUAUGGUCUGGCUAUGACAUAUCUUCAAGCGCUCGGUGUCUCCUCGCCGAAACUGUCGCAAAGAGUCUUCGAGCAUUUGAACGGGGCUCUUCUUUCCCCCCAGUUUCUUUACCUGACACAUCAACCGAAUGCACUUGCCGUUGGAGCCAUCUAUCUUGCAGCACGAGAAACUGGCGUCAAGCUGGCCGAACAGAAUUGGUGGGAAGUGUUUGACGUCGACAGAGAGGACCUUGGAUUUCUUGUCCUGGCCUACGGCAGUUUAGGAAAUUUCGCAAACUCCGAGAUGGAAAAAUGGAAAAGAAAAUCGUUAGGCCUGGACUGA